UCCUCUCUCGCUCUUUUCUUUUUCUUUCUCCUUCUCCUCGUUUCGUCUGUUCAAAAAAUUAGGAUUUUUAUUUUUUUUUCCAUUUUUUUGCACGAAUUUUUAUGGAAGAAGGUCUUAGAAGAAGUCCGCGUCUAGUGAGGGAUAUUGAUACUUCGAAUCCGAAAGUUUAUCGAAAAAGUCGAAAGAAGCUUCAAGUUUCGUCUUCUACUUCUAUGGAUGAAGUUCCAAGUUUUAGUUUGGGAAUCUCACAAAUAUCGGGGGAGAAGAACAAUGAGGAACAAAACAAGAAGCAAAAGAAAGGUAAAAAACGAGUUAAAGAGGUUAAAACAAUGAAGAGAUCGAAAAAAACAUGUGUUACUUUGGCAUCUACAUCGAAGAAACUCGUUGACAGUGAUGAUGAUUUUGAGGAUUUACCUCCUCAAUUUCAGUCAAAAAGUUUGAAAAAUAAAGAUGGAUUGGAGAAGAAAAAGUCGGUGAAUGAUGGAAAAACACGAAAUCGUUUACCCAAAAGUGUCAUUUUACCAGAGAGUAGAUAUCCGGGAUUGUGGAGUUUUCGUUGCUGCAUUUGCGGAGUUCGUAAGUAACGGUCAACAUAUUCUAAAUCAACAAAUAAAGGCAGACAUUCUCCGAAAGAGAUUUGGAGCUAUAUUAUGGGAAUAUGCAAGAAGGAAGCAAGCGAGUGACCUUCAAAGUGAAGACGAAAGACCAGUUAGAUAAAGGAAUAUAGUUAUAUUAGUUAGUAGGACUAUGAAAACUAUAUAAUGUAAAACAAUUUGUAGUUACUAUGGCUAUGAAAAAUUGUAUUGGUCUAUUUUGUAAGUCUUGAUAUUAUAUACCUAACUGUGUUGUUUAUAUGUAAGUCUUCUAUUUGAAGUUGUUC